AUGACUAUACCGUCAAUUCCUGAAACCAUCCCCGAGCACUCCGAGCUCAAAGGCAAAGCCCCCCUGCGAGAUAUCUCCGACAUUCCAGCCAACCCGCGGCAAACGAUCCGGACUCCUUCGUGGGAUCUUACAUCCACAUGGCUGAUCGGCGCCAACGACGAUAUCCGUGCCUGGUGGGACUGCAUCGGUCCGCAAGUGGCCAUUCUCGCCGACGAAGCGGGAUACAGCGUGGCGGCGCAGACAGAAAUCCUCCUGCUGCUGCACUCCGUCGUGCUCCCGGAUAUGGGCCGAUUCCCUCCGGCCGGACAGAACAGACCUGUCGUGCAAUAUAGCUGGAGGAUUAACACAUACGACUAUGACCAUCCGAUCCUCACGCUUACCGUGGAAGCGCCCGGCGAGCAUGCCAAGGGCUCCAGCAGUAUGACCCGGCACCAUCUCCAAGCCACGCAGAAUAUCGUGGAGCAACUAUCCGCCCAACUUCCCCCGGUUGACCUCACAUGGUACCGGCACUUUAUGGCUGCGUUCCAGAUCGACCAUCAUACCGACCACUCAAGCCAUCACCGGACGUUCCUCAGCACGGACAAGGACACCAUCCGGCCGCGCAUGCCCCUGUCAUUUGAGUUUACCGACACCGGCGUCAUCCCAAAGGCCUACUUCUACCCUCCUGCGCAAGCGCACGAGAGGAAACCUUCCUUGGCCAUAUUCACGGACGCCAUCCGGUCCAUAUCGGAGACUAUCCGCCUCCCCGCUUUUGAAGAGGUUGUGGCCUUUGUGGAUAAUCAUCCGGUGGGAGUGACGCUGAACCCAGAAAUGCUGGGCAUGGACUGUAUCGAGCCGUCGCAAGCAUCGCUGUAUCUGCACGCCAGCACGCCAGUCACGAAUUUCGAGAGCAUCAUUGCUGUCAUGACGCUCGGUGGACGAGUGCACGCCAUGGAUAUGGCGAUCAUGGAGCUGUGGGAGCUGCUGUGUUUGGUCCUGCGACCGAAGCAUCGAGAUAGAACGUUCUCGUGGGGUGAUGAGUUACCCGUGUGGAAUGCGCAUGCGCAGGAUGACGACCAGCAGGGAUUGAAAUACUGUUUUGAGAUUCUGCCUGGAGCGGAAGUGCCCGAGGUUACGCUCUACAUCCCGGUUGUUCGAUACGGGCCGGCGGAUGAAGAUGUGGCGGUUGGCCUGGAGAGGUUUCUGACGAAGAGAGGACAUGCACAGUUUGCUGAUGGAUUUUGGAGAGUCUUGAAUAUGCUGAGCGAGGGCUGGACGGGCUCACGACGGGUUGUGACGCAUAUCGCGUGUUCCUUUCGGGGCGAGUCACUAGACGUGACUUCAUGUUUGGAGCCUGCUAUUUUGCGCUCGCGAGAUGAUUAG